AUGGAAGUACCUGUAGCAGCAAACAAACUCGCAGGCAAGCGAUGCUCUUGUGUUUGGCCUCCCGCUGUAGAUGACACUUUUCGGGAUGCCAGCGCCAUUCGAGCCGCUGAGGAUACCGAUAACAAUGACAUGAUUUCUAUCAAACCGACGAAGACGACAGACAGUGAAAAGCCACGACGAGCGGCCUCGGACCUCCGGAUCACUGCAGAGCAGCUCAAGGCAAUCCCUGGAUGCAUUUAUGUUGCCGACGCCGACGCUGCCUCGGACCCUGCAUUGCUGAAGGCCUUGGGCGUGACGGCUGUUAUCAGCGUUGGCGGCGGACAUGGGGAUUCUACAGUCCCCGACUACUUGCACAUUGGAAUAAACGAUGAGGCAGGAGCGAGCUACCACCCCGUCUUCCUCUUGGCAGCAGAUUUUGCAGGGCCCAUCCUCUCGUCAGGACGGAACCUGCUGGUGCACUGCCGAGGGGGCAUGCAGCGAUCACCCAAGGUGGCAGCGGCCCUCAUUAUUCGAUACGCAGGACUCUCCGCCCAAGAGGCACGACGAUGCGUGCAACACGCCCGUCCCGUGGAUGUAGCGGUGUCUCGUGCUGGCUCCAUGACUUUUCCACUGACACGGUCUCGUCUUGGAGCAGACACACGAAGGAGGAACAAGAGGAUUGAGGAGGGCCGGAAUGAACAGGUUUUGGUAUGA